AUGUCUGGAUCAACUGCGGAAACCGGCUUAGAAACCCCGAGUUCAAAUCAAAGAACUCCAGAGGAAGUUAAAGAAGAAAAACGACUUAUUCUGGAACAGGUUGAAUACUACUUUGGAGAUAAAAAUUAUCCCAAGGAUCGAUUUCUUAAAGAACUAAGUGGAAAAGAUCCCCAAGGCUAUGUUUUACGACGAACAGGGGUUCCCAUCGCCAUAAUUCAUCAGUUCCGUAAGAUGCAAGUUUAUAAGGAUGAUGGUUUAAUUGUUGAGGCUUUGCGAGAAUCUCCGGAAUUGUUGGAAGUAGAUGAGUCGGGUACAAAAGUUCGUCGAAAGGCAGAGAUAUUACUACCAAUUCCUGAUCAUGUUAAAUCAACGCCUAUGUGGAGUUCGAUUUAUGCGAAAGGGUUUCCAAAGGAUUCUAAACGUAACAUAAGGAAUGAAGCUUUCAUCUUUUUUCAAAGAUACGGGAGGGUUAUAAAAGUUCACGAACGCCUGGAUGAUCAAAAUAAAUUUAAAGGGUCGUUCUUUGUUCAAUUCCACAAUCACGAAACCGCAAAGAAAGUUUCAGAAAUGAAGUUAGAGUUUGAGGAAUCACCAAUUAAGAUGAUGAUGAAGUUUGACUAUUGCGAGAUGAAGUGCAAAGAAAAAGGAAUGGAUCCUAACACGAUGCGUAAGCAAGGACAAGGGCAAGGACAAGGACAAAAAAAAAAAAAAAAUGGAGCCGCACAAAAAGAUCUCAAAUUUAAAAAAGGAUGCUUGUUGAAGUUUGAAGGAGCGGGUCCAGCCGAAACCUGGGAAACCAUUCGAAAAAAGGUGGAUGAUGAGUAUGGAAAAGUUAUAUUUGUUUCUUAUAAUUCAGUUGAGAAGAAAGGCAUUAUUCAUUUUAAAGAAGCAAUUGCUGAAAACGUGGCGACAAAGAUUUCUAAUGGCACUUUGGAGUUUGACGGGAUUAAGCCAAGUGUAUCAGUGGUUGAAGGUCAGGAAGAGACGAAUUAUUACCAAAGAAAGAAGGAUCAUAACAAACCAAACAAACGUAAUGGAUCAAAGGGUGGAAACUCUCGGUCAAAUGGUAAAAAGAAUAAGAAGGAUUCAACCAAAAAUGUGGUCACCGCAGCUGAAAGUGAACGUAAGACAGACGAAAAUGCCGAUUCAUCGAAUAAUGCUAAGUCCGAUCUUGAGGAAAAAGUUGAUCUAGAUUCAAGCAUAGAUGCUACUAGUUCUGUAUCUGAAGCUGGAAGCAAACGUAAGCUAGGUAAAGACACUAAUCUGGAUGAUUCUCCCAAAGCGACAAAGAUCAUUAAGCAGAAUCCAGAUGCGACGGUUGAAAGUUCAGAUCAAGAUACACUUGCUAGUUCUGUGUCCGCAGGAAGUAAACGAAAGUUAGAGGACAGCACUGAUCCGGAUGAUUCUUCUAAAGAAACCAAGGCCAUAAAGUUAGAAUCGGUUGAAGAUUCAAAUUCGUAG